AUGAAGGAGGUUUGGUAAAGUUUAAAUUAAGUAUCACUAAAUGUUAAUAUAAAUGCAAUGGAUGAAAGAAUUAUCAAAAUAUUUGUUUAUUAUGGAAGUUAAAUUAAAGCUCAUUCUAUUAGAAAUGUAUCACAAAUUCUGAUGGACUUUUGGACCAUUUUAUAUUUAAGUCUGAUAUAAAUUGUGGAAACUGCCAAUCGCUAAGAUAUACUGAAAAUUAAUUAUUCUACUCAAUUAACUACUCAUUAAGAUUUAUUAAUAAUUUUUUUGAAAUAAAGUAUUAAUAAUAUUUUAGUAGAUUGCUUAAAUGGAAAGUUAACAAUUAGAAUAAUUAAUAAAUAGAAAUAUUAAUAAGAAAUCACCAUGAUCCUAUGUUAAUGCUAAAUAUAAAAAGCCAAUCAGCUUCAGUUAUGUUAGAGAUUUUGA